AUGGCCGUGGCAACAGGUGCUCAAGUGAUCGCUCGGACACUGCGCGAUGUGGGUGUGGACGUUAUCUUCGGCAUUGUAGGAAUUCCGGUGGUGGAGAUCGCCGAGGAAGCUAUCAACCUGGGCAUUCGCUUUGUAGCGUUCCGCAACGAACAGGCAUGCAGUUAUGCGGCCAGCGUUUAUGGAUAUAUGACGGGACGACCAGGUGUCUGUCUCGUUGUAGGAGGGCCGGGUAUUGGCAAUGCCUCCGCAAAUAAUUUCCCACUUCUUGUUCUUGCUGGCUCAGCCGAGACAACCGCUGUGACGAAGGGAGCCUUCCAAGAGAUGGAUGCCAUCUCGUUCCUGACACCCCAUACCAAGUUCGCGGUGCGAACGUCAUCUAUUGAUUUCAUCCCUGGUGCUGUCAAGAACGCCUAUAGGACUUGUUGGUAUGGUCGCCCCGGACCAACCUUUGUCGACUUACCUGCCGAUAUUAUCCAGGGCAAGUCAGCUCCAGGGUUCCGUUUGCCAGAGCCAGAGACCUUGCUGGUCCCGUCCCCACCGAAGGCGAGCGGUGACCCGGCAUUGAUCCUCAAGGCCACCCAACUACUAAAGACGGCACGCUCGCCGCUCCUAAUCAUCGGCAAAGGCGCCGCAUAUGCGAGAGCAGAGUCCGGAAUUGGCCGUUUAGUCGAGCAAACACAGAUCCCAUUCUUGCCCACGCCAAUGGGCAAGGGUGUCAUCCCGGACUCCCAUCCACUGAAUGCGUCCAGUGCACGCAGCACAGCCUUGAAACAGGCAGACGUAGUCCUGGUCCUCGGCGCGCGCCUAAACUGGAUCCUACACUUCGGCGAAGCGCCCAAAUGGUCCCCCAAAGCAAAGAUCAUCCAAGUGGACAUCUGUGCAGAGGAGAUCGGACGCAAUGCCGGUACAGCAGAGCUAGGUAUCGUCGGAGACAUUGAACUGGUCGUAGACCAGUUAGUAUCCUCUUUGUCAAAUUGGCGAUACGAUCCUUCUCCCGCCGAAGGCCGGUUCCCAACACUCCUGGCCGAGUCAGCAAAGAAGAACGAAGCAAAAGCCCAGAAAGCGGCGCUUCGAUCCACGCCCCAGAAUACCCCCCUGACGUAUCAACGCGCCUAUCAUAUUAUCAAGUCUACGCUGAACUCACUGACUCCCUUCGAAGAAGGGAACAUCGUAUACGUCUCCGAAGGUGCCAACACUAUGGACAUCUCUCGUUCGAUGUUCCCGCUCAACCAUCCCCGUCAACGUCUUGAUGCCGGUACAUAUGCCACUAUGGGCGUUGGCAUGGGAUACAUCGUCGCUGCCCACGAGGCAUACAACGCAUCCCCGGGCAGCACCAAGCCUAAGAAGAUCGUAGCUCUGGAAGGCGACAGUGCAUUCGGCUUCAGCGCUAUGGAAAUCGAGACUUUGGCACGUUACAAAAUCCCAGCGUUAAUUUACGUAGUCAACAACUCUGGAAUCUACCACGGAGACACCACGACAGAGGAUGCCUGGAAGACCCUGCAGGAACAGACCGUAGCCAACGACACGAAAUCAGACGACGGAAAGAAGGGACUACGCUCCACCAGUCUGCUGUACGAAACGCGGUACGAAAUGCUGGCCACCAUGUGCGGUGGAAAGGGGUACUUCGUUCGUACCGAGGAAGAACUCGAAGCUGCUACGCGGGAGGGAUUCUCAAAUGAUACGGUCACGGUGGUGAAUCUUAUCGUUGAGCCUGGUAUCGGGAAGAAGAUUGGAUUCGCAUGGCAGGGGACUAGUGCACAAGAUGGCCAGGCUAAACUGUGA